UAACUUUUCUCAUUAAGAAAACAAAAUUAAAUAGGUAGUGUACCUUAGGAAUCAUUUGUGUAAUUCACUUACUCCACUUCAUUUUCUUUUUCUAUUUUUAUCUUUCACUUUCUUUUUCCUUCACAAAUCUACUAUCCAAACACAACAAUAAUGUAAUUUUAAAAAAUUAGUCACCUUUGCCUUGCCGAUGUUGGCAUAAGCAACAACAUCAAUAGUAUGGUUCUAAAUAACAAUAUUGUAUCAAUGAUACGAUUAUAUGUUGAACAAUAUUCGAUAAUACUGCAUCAGCCGAUGUAUCGAUAUGAUAUCAUAUCGAGAGUCCAAAACCUCGAUUCAUAUCGGUUAAUACAGAUACAAUACGUAUUUAAAACCAGCUCAUUUUCUUGUAAAGUAAAAAGCCUAAUUUAUGAGCAUUUUCAAUCUAUAUUACCGUGUAUUCCUUUCUUCUCAACUGAUACAAUACGUAUUCUUCUCAUGGGUUCAACUCUCCCUAGUUGCAAAGGGUGGGAAGACUAAUUCCCAUAGAUGCUAAUAACAACUAACAACUAACAGCUAACUUUUACCGAUUCAAACAAAAAAAAAAAAAACUAUGUUCCAUACAUUUAUGCAUUUGCAUUUAUAUAUUCCCAAUUCCAAGCAGUAACCCCAUGUUAGCUACAAAGGAUUCUCUCUCUCUCCAAAUCAUAAUUUGCCUUUCAUUACUUAAGUACUUCAGGUUAUAUGUAUUGUGAUAGAACAGUCUGCAGAUUUUUUUCCCCCAUACAACUAAUCAGGAUAGACGUCACAGGAGCAAAGUACCAUGGCUUGGCAUAUUCCAUACAAAUUAAAGAGAGCAUGGGAUGAAUGGAAUCUCCGUGUAACUGUUCUUGUCAGUCUCUUCUUUCAGAUAGUGUUGAUUUUCCUUGCAACAUCACGAAAACGUACGGGAAGAAGAAUUGUAAUCUUGAUGAUCUGGGCGGCGUAUCUUCUUGCAGAUUGGAUUGCAGCCUUUGCUGUUGGACUCAUCUCCAAUGGCCAAGGUAAUGGCUGUGAUGUGCAUCCCUUAAACGAUGACCUUGCUGCCUUUUGGGCUCCGUUCCUUUUGCUUCACCUUGGUGACCCGGAUACAAUCACCGCCUUCGCACUUGAAGAUAAUGAGCUCUGGAUUCGACACUUGCUUGGCCUUCUCAUCCAGCUCACUGCAGUAGCUUAUGUCUUCUCGCAAUCAAUCCCUAAUAAACUUUGGAUCCCAACAGUCCUCAUGAUUUUUGCUGGAUUGAUUAAGUAUGCUGAGCGCACACGUGCUUUAUAUAUGGCCUGCAUGGGUAAUUUUAAGGCUUCUAUGCUUCCAAAGCCCGACCCUGGACCAAACUAUGCUCAACUCAUGGAGGAAUACUCAUCAAAUAAAGAGGCCCAGGUCCCAGUUAGGAUUGAAAUUACAAAAGAACCCGAGAAAGGAUCCAGGACCACAGAUGAAGAGAAAAACUCGCAGCCUCAAGUCAUCAACGAGAUUGAGGUGGUGCAAGAAGGGUACAAUUUCUUUGACACUUUCAAGGGGCUAAUUGUUGACAACAUGUUUAGCUUCCACGAUCGCCAUAAGAGUCGAAAGUUCUUUUUUAAAAGGCAUCCGGAAGAUGCUUUCAGUGUAAUGGAGGUGGAGCUCAAUUUCAUGUAUGAUGUGCUCUUCACAAAGGUGGGCGUGGUGGUGCAUAGUAAGAUUGUUGAAUUCACCCCAUGUGAAGGAGGUGAUGCUCUUCCAUGGGAACACACCUUGGUCAACAAUGGAAGGCAACCAACCAAGUCAAGCUUGGUGGCCACCAACCAUGGCAUUGGGGAAGAUGCUUUCAGUGUAAUGGAGGUGGAGCUCAAUUUCAUGUAUGAUGUGCUCUUCACAAAGGUGGGCGUGGUGGUGCAUAGUAAGAUAGGGUACUCUUUUCGCGUCAUUUGCUCUGUUUUGAUAGUGGUUUCCUUUUGCCUAUUUGCAUCAUUUCAUAAACAUGGAUUCCACCAGUUUGACAUUGCUGUCACCUACACUCUGCUUGUUGGUGCUGUUGUCUUGGACCUCAUAGGACACGUCAAGCUCAUCUUCUCCGACUGGACUGUAGCUAAGCUUGAUAAUUCCUUUAAGCUCAAGGGUUCCAAGGCCAUAGAACUUGUUUAUGCGAUCAGAAAAAGACUUUCAUUUGAUAAAAAAUGGUGGUUGUCUAAAUCUAUCUCGCAGUAUGGUUUGAUAAAUUACUGCCUGAACGAACGGUUCGAAUGGAUUGACAUGGCAGCUGACCAUAUUGGGCUCAAAGAUUUCCUUGAUGAGAUGCGAUACAAAGAAUACGAAUCUGCAGAGAAGGUGCAUAAAUUAAAAAUAUUCAUUUUUCAGCUGCUGAAGGGCAAGGCUCUCGAAGUGGAAGAUUCAAAAAUUGCCAAGGAGAUAUGUUCAGCGAGGGGCAAUUGGGUUCUCUCGCAACACUUGUGUCCUCACCAGGAAAUCUUAGCGAGUGUGAGUGAGGAAGCUGAAUAUGAUGAAAGCCUUUUGCUGUGGCAUGUUGAUACUGAACUCUGCUAUUUUACUGGAGAGACUGACCCAAAUUGCGAUGAAGAGACUAAAAAUAAGCUUGAAAUUUGUAUGAUCCUCUCAGAAUAUAUGUUGUAUCUUCUGGUCAUGAGGCCCACAAUGAUGUCAGCAGUAUUGGGUAUAGGACAAAUCAGAUUUCAGGACACUUGUGCGGAAGCCAAAAAGUUCUUUCAAAAGGGGCAUAAUCAAGGUAGAAGUCAAUCAGAAUUAGAGCCAAGACGGAGAGAAGUGUGUAAUGCACUACUUGGGGUAGAUACGGUUGUUAAACCCAUUAAUGUGAAGGGGGACAGAAGCAAAUCAUUGUUAUUUGAUGCUUGCAUGCUUGCAAAGGAUCUGAACAAGUUGAAAUUUGAGAACAGGUGGAAGAUAAUGAGUGAAGUGUGGGUGGAACUGUUGUCCUAUGCUGCGAGUCAUAUCAGACCAAAUGGUCAUGCACAGCAGCUCAGCAAAGGUGGGGAGCUUAUUACUUUUGUUUGGUUACUGAUGGCACAUUUUGGUUUGGGAGAUCAGUUCCGGAUUGAGGCUGGACAUGCUAGAGCCAAACUUAUUGUGAACAAGUGAUUGAGACAGUUUAAAAAAAA